GCGCAAGCCCGCAAGAUGGCGGCGGCUGGAGCGGGCCGUCUGAGGCGGGCGGCGUCGGCCUUGCUGCUGCGGAGCCCGCGCCUGCCCGCCCGGGAGCUGUCAGCUCCGGCCCGGCUCUAUCACAAGAAGGUUGUUGAUCAUUAUGAAAAUCCUAGAAACGUGGGGUCCCUUGACAAGACAUCUAAAAAUGUGGGAACUGGAUUGGUGGGGGCUCCAGCGUGUGGUGAUGUAAUGAAACUACAGAUUCAAGUGGAUGAAAAGGGGAAGAUCGUGGACGCCAGGUUUAAAACAUUUGGCUGUGGUUCUGCCAUUGCCUCCAGCUCAUUAGCCACCGAAUGGGUAAAAGGGAAGACGGUGGAGGAAGCCUUGACCAUCAAAAACACAGAUAUCGCCAAGGAGCUCUGCCUCCCUCCUGUGAAACUGCACUGCUCCAUGCUGGCUGAAGAUGCGAUCAAGGCCGCCCUGGCUGAUUACAAGCUGAAACAAGAACCCAAGAAAGGCGAGGCAGAGAGGCAGUGAGCCCUUGGCAAACCCUCCAGCAGGCCACGCCAGCUGUCUGCCCACCGCUGUGCAGUCUCCGCAUCGUUCAGAAGUCCCUCGCACUACAACAAGAGAGCUGUGAGACACGCACAACAUUUGCUGUUCACCUUGUGGCUCUGAUGCAAGCAAAAUACACAGGGUAAUUGAUUUGAAUCCCGUGGUUUCUUUAGCCACUCUUAUCGCCUUACCCCAGUUUAUGUGUAUUUUGAAUUGUGUGUAUGGCCUCAAAACUGGAAUCGAUAAGGAAGUCUCAAGUUUUGAUAGUCCUUGAAGUGCACAAAUAUCUAUUUUACCUGAAUCUAUUUUGGGGAAGAUUAUCAAGAGAAUGCCUUGGUAUGAUUAUUUGAUAGAACCAAAUAUUGUACAUAUGACAGAUCUGCAUAUAUACAAUAAAUAAAAGAAUGUAAGACAAUGUUCUUCUCUGGUAAGCCUU